UGUACUCAGGGCUAGGGUACAGGGAGAAUUCCGAGAGGCCAGGAAGAUUCUUUAGUUGCCUUAAUACCUUACAGUGAUAAAAGAUUACGACCACGGCGAACGACUUUGUACGUCUGCAUAGCCAUAUUUGUGAGUCUGCUAGCAGCCGGAUUGCUCAUAUUUUUUCUUUUCCCUCGUGAAAUCACCAUAACAGCUGGUCAUGUGGAAACUGCAGAUGUCAAAUUUAGUUUCAAUGCAUCAACAGGGGAUGUCCAUCUCUGGAUGAGGAUUCAGAAUACAUACAAUGUGACCAAUAACAAUUUUGUUAGAGCUUUAAUGAAUUCAAUAUCCAUGCAAGCUGUGUAUCAUAAUAACGUGGUGGGGCAGGGGAAGACUGUCUUAAAUAAGUCAGUGUUACCAAGGAAAUCACUACAGAUUGUUUCCGAAGUCAAUGUAACCUUUGAUGGUAAUGUAGAUGAAGGAGGAGAUUUACUUUUAGUAUCGAUUAUGUGCGAUCCCAAGGGUCAUGUAACAGUACAUCAUCUCUACUUGGAUUUUCAAGUUACUUUGAAUACGCACUUCCUUGCACAUAAGGAGGAAUUUACAUUAGCCUCAAGUAAUUUUUCAAACUGUGUGAAGCAAAAAAACAACAGCAAGCUGUUAUCUGGGAUGUUUGAAGUUUCCACCUAA